AUGUCGUCUUCGAAGAAAUGCAGUCCACAAAAGCCAAGCGAGGUCGACACUCGCUCAACAGCUUCCUUACAGGAGCUAGAACCGUCUCCUGUGCAGGAUGAAUUCCCAGACAUUGAAAGUAGCGAAUGUGCUACCACUCAAGACUCACAGUCUGUAUCACAAAAUUGGUCCCCAAGUUAUUUCUCCUCCCCCAAACUUGGUCUCCGUGCGCAUGGAUGGCAUUCCUGGCUAUCCGCGCUGCAGAAAUUCUCCACGUACCCGCCUACACUGUUCCUCGUGUUACACUUUACCAAUACUUCCCUAAUUCCCCUGAUAACUCGUUCAGUGCCCGCUAGUGAACGAUAUCUUCUCCUCACGAGACCUGUGUACCAGGCACCAUUACUUGAGCAUGUGGUCCUAACUGUCCCAGCUGUAGUUCAUAUGGCCACCGGGGUUGCUCUCCGCGGCAUCCGUUGCUCUCGUCAGGCUCGGUUGUACGGCGCAGAUACUAGGUCGCAGAGAUACCUGUUGAGCUCUUGGCCGCGCAUGAGCUUACAAGCAUGUCUUGGAUAUGUGUUGAUCCCAUUAUUGGGUAUUCAUGUCCUCGUUAACCGCAUUACACCGUGGAUAGUGGAUGGUGGAAGCUCCGGCGUGGGGUUGGGCUAUGUGUCGCAAGGAUUCACCCGGGGUCCUUUUUUUUGGAGCGUAUAUUAUCUAUUGUUCGUUUCUGUCGGAGUGUGGCAUAUCGUUGGAGGGUGGGCCGCCUGGAUGGGAUGGAGAGUCACUACAAUCCAGAAGACACGGAGGAACAAGAAAGGUUCUCUCGGGGGCUACCUUGGGCACAAUGAAAGGGAACAACGGACCAGGAGAUGGGAGAAGAUAUGGUGGAUAGUCAAUGGUAUUGCAGCAGUGGGAACGUCCAUCUGGCUGGCAGGAGCUCUAGGGGUUAUCGGGCGUGCUGCAGGACAAGGAACUACUUGGGAGACUACAAGUUGGAAUAAAAUAUACAGCCAAGUGCCUGUCCUAGGAACUUGGUUCUAA